AUGGACCGAAGAUGUUUCGCCAUUCUGUGUCACCUACUGAGGACCAUUGCUGGACUAACGUCGACGGAAGUCGUCGAUGUUGAGGAGAUGGUAGCAAUGUUCCUCCACAUUCUUGCGCACGAUGUGAAAAAUCGUGUCAUUCAACGAGAGUUCAUGCGGUCGGGCGAGACAAUUUCCCGCCAUUUCAACAUGGUCUUGUUGGCUGUCAUUCGACUUCAUGACGAGCUGUUGAAAAAACCACAACCAGUGCCUAAUGAAUGCACAGAUCAAAGAUGGAGGUGGUUUGAGAAUUGCCUAGGUGCAUUAGAUGGCACGUACAUAAAAGUCAACGUUCCAGCAAGUGACCGGGCUAGGUAUAGAACACGCAAGGGGGAGGUGGCCACAAAUGUACUUGGCGUGUGCUAUUACUACUUGGUUGAUGCCAGGUACCCAAAUGCGGAGGGUUUCCUGGCACCAUACAGAGGGCAACGCUAUCACUUACAAGAAUGGCGUGGCCCUGAAAAUGCACCUUCAACGUCCAAAGAGUUCUUCAAUAUGAAACAUUCUUCUGCUCGUAAUGUAAUCGAAAGAGCAUUCGGUGUCUUGAAGGGUCGAUGGGCGAUACUGCGGGGAAAGUCAUACUAUCCUGUAGAAGUUCAAUGUCGCACAAUACUCGCAUGUUGUCUCCUCCACAACCUUAUCAAUAGGGAGAUGACAAACUUUGAUAUAGAAGACAACAUAGAUGAGGUUGAUUCCACCCAAGCGACUACUGCCGCGGAUGACAUACAUUACAUAGAGACGUCGAAUGAAUGGAGUCAAUGGAGGGACAACCUUGCAGAAGAAAUGUUUACUGAAUGGGAGUUGCGUAACCAAUAG